UACUUUCCCAUAAGCAAAGCUAAAAGAGAGACAGCAAUCACAGUAGUAACGGAGUUCCAAGUAUGGCUUUUGGUGUUGCACUCUUCUCUUCACUUCUCAUCCUUUCAGUGUUUUUCUCAGGGGUUCAUGCACUCGACUGGAAUUAUUAUGCAAAAACUUGCCCAAAUGUAGAUUCAAUCGUCACUAACGCGGUCAAGGCUGCAGUUUCCAGAGACAAAACUAUCCCUGCCACACUCCUCCGGAUGCAUUUCCAUGAUUGUUUCAUAAGGGGUUGCGAUGGUUCGGUGUUGUUAGACUCGAAGGGGAACAACAAAGCUGAGAAAGACGCGACACCAAAUCUUUCUCUGCAUGGAUUUUUUGUCAUUGACAAUGCAAAGAAAGCAGUGGAAAAGGCCUGUCCUGGUGUGGUGUCUUGUGCUGAUAUAUUGGCUAUGGCAGCAAGGGAUGCUGUUGUGUUGUCUGGGGGUCCAAACUGGUAUGUGCCAAAAGGGAGGAAAGACGGGAGAAUAUCAAGGGCUAGUGAAACCAGCACAUUGCCAUCUCCAGCCUUCAACUUAGCUCAGCUGCAGCAGAGCUUUGGUCAAAGAGGUCUUUCAUUGGAAGAUCUAGCAGCUCUUUCAGGAGCGCACACUCUAGGAUUUUCCCACUGUGCCUCGUUCCAAAACAGAAUCCACAACUUCAGCGCCACACACGAUGUUGACCCAAAUUUACAUCCAACUUUUGCAUCAAAGUUGAAGGGUAAGUGUCCACUUCAUAACAAGGCGAAGAAUGCCGGUGUCCCCAUGGAUCCUUCUUCAAAAACUUUUGACAACACCUACUACCAGUUAAUCUUGCAGAGGAAAACCCUCUUCGCUUCAGACCACUCUUUGCUUGAACUUCCUAAAACUAAAGAGCUGGUUUACAGGUUUGCUAGGUCAAAGAAUGACUUCUGGCAGGCUUUCGUGAAGUCCAUUACUAAGAUGGGUAGCAUCAGUGGUAGUGGACAGGAAAUUAGGAAAGAUUGCAGGGUAGUAAAUUAAGGGUUUUUUUCUCGGUUGUGGUGAAUUACUGAGAUCAGGGGUAAUCAUAAAAUUGAUCUUUCUGUAAUAAGAGGUUAUGUGAACAGGAAUAACACCCUGUUGGACGAUGAGAACUAAGCUAUUUUGUUAGUGAUAAAAGUACUGAUAUUCAAUAUUCCAAUGUCAGGAAUUAAAAGGUUUAUAAAACCAGUACUGUAAAAAUUUACAAAGAUGGUGAAAAAUGAAGUUAUAAAAAAAAUAUUAUAUUCCUAUGUUAUCUAUAA